CACUACCCAGCUGCCUGCACGGGAACCCUGGGGGGAGCAGGCUGCUGGGGCCAGGGGCACCCCAGAGUCGCUGGGUGCUUUGCUGUCCCCAGUCAAGCCACCCCCUGGGGAUCUUGCUGCCCCAUUGGUGCUGGGGGACGGGUGGUGCUCCAUAGACGGACCAUCCCUACCCUCGAGCUGUCCUGUUGAUAUUUGCGUUGAGGGUCUGGUUGGGGGGCAUUGCCCUGGGCCCUGCCCCCAAGAGCUCACAGUCAAAAUAGACAAGACAGACCCAGGGUGGGAUGGGAAAUAGCAAUACCAUAGAGAGCUAGUGACUUGCCCCCGGUCACCCAUCAGGCUGGUGUUAGAGCCCAGGUCUCACGAGUCCCAGACCGCUGCCUUAUCUGCCGCAUCAUACUGGUACAGCUACAAACCUCUGUGCUAAGGCCAUUUCUGUUCCCAGGUCUAACCCAUGAGAAAGGAGAUGCUCCUUGCGUCCACCCCUGGGCCCAGAUGAAUCUCUUGUCGAUGGCUGUGGUGGCGGAUCCGGAGCUGAAAUGGAUGAGUCUGUGGCUCCGUGUCAGAUGGGCAGCAGUGCUAAUGGUCCUGGUGGGCUCUCUGUUGGUGCUGUUGCUCCCACUGGCUGCUGUAGAAGAGCAGUGUCAGGCAGUGCUCAAAGGACUCUCCUUCCUGAAAAAUAAACUGGGAGUAGGCUAUGUAGGGAUUACCAGGUACACAGGGCAGACAACUGGACUCAGCGUGACUUCAGAAGUCAAAUUAGAAGCCAAAGCCGCUUUGAAUCAAGCCCUUGAAAUGAAACGGCAGGGGAAGCGGGAGAAAGCCCAUAAACUCUUCAUGUACGCCCUCAAGAUGGAUCCAGAUUAUGUGGAUGCUCUGAAUGAGUUUGGCAUCUUUUCUGAAGAGGAGAAAGACAUCAUUCAAGCAGACUACUUGUACUCCAAAGCACUGACCAUUUCUCCUUGUCAUGAAAAAGCUCUGAUCAAUCGGGACCGAACUCUGCCCCUGGUUGAAGAGAUAGACCAGAGAUACUUUAGCAUUAUUGACAGCAAAGUUAAAAAAGUGAUGUCAAUCCCCAAAGGCAAUUCAGCCCUGCGGCGAGUGAUGGAAGAGUCCUAUUACCACCAUAUUUAUCACACAGUUGCCAUUGAAGGGAACACAUUAACGCUCUCUGAAAUACGGCACAUCAUCGAGACCAGAUAUGCCGUUCCUGGGAAAAGUCUCGUGGAGCAGAAUGAAGUCAUCGGUAUGCAUGCUGCUAUGAAAUACGUAAAUACCACACUGGUAUCCCGAAUAGGCACUGUAACCAUCAGCGACAUUUUGGAGAUACACAGGAGAGUGCUGGGCUAUGUAGACCCAGUGGAAGCUGGGAGGUUUAGGACUACCCAGGUGUUUGUAGGACAUCAUAUCCCACCCCAUCCUCAAGAUGUUGAAAAACAGAUGCAGGAGUUUGUACAGUGGAUCAACUCUGAAGAUGCCAUGAGCUUACACCCUGUGGAAUUUGCUGCCUUAGCCCAUUAUAAACUGGUAUAUAUACACCCAUUUGUAGAUGGCAAUGGAAGGACCUCGCGCCUGUUAAUGAAUCUCAUACUCAUGCAGGCAGGCUAUCCACCCAUCACAAUCCGUAAGGAGCAACGGGCAGAGUAUUAUCAUGUCUUAGAAGCAGCCAAUGAAGGAGAUGUGAGACCUUUCAUACGCUUCAUUGCAAAAUGUACUGAGACCACGUUAGAUAUGCUGCUUAUUGCCACAACAGAAUAUUCAGUGGGUUUACCUGAGGCUGAUGGCAGCACUGCUAGAUACAAGCAAACGAUUCCAGUCAAAACGUGACUGUUCUGACGAUCCAAUGACUAACUGAAUGUGUGGAGUAAUAAAGCUUCUCAACAUUCCUGUUGAGAAACAACUCCACCAGAGGAGAAAAUCACUCUUAGCAUUUCAUUUAUUUAAAGAUUAGUAAAUUAAUAUACUUUUUUAUCUCCAUUAUCCUUAUGCCAAGCUAAACUGUGAAGCGUUAGUGUUGAACGUGCACUAGGUCCAGCUUGUGUUACUGGAGGGGAAAGGAGAGAGAAAUCCAAAGUGAGGCCAAUUUGCAAGUGUGAUCCAGGCUGUAGUAAAACUGAUUGAAUUACUUUCUACAAUCCUGUAUGAGAUGGCUUCCUAAAGCCAACACCUUGUAAUUGCCUCAAUGCCAAGUCUAUCUUAAUUUGUAUCGUACAGGGAAGGCACGAGCACCCUUUCUAAAAGUCACAAGGUGGGGGCUAGUAUUUUAUUGUAUUGCUACCAUUGUCUUAUUUCGCUUUCCAACAAAACCCCUUCAGCCAGUGUUGUAGCACUUUAUUUAAAAGCUCUUUAGUGGAAUUAUUUUACAAUUGUCCAAAGGCUCAAGAUCUCCUUUCCUCCCUCACCCCACUGUAAUGUGCCAUACUGCUCUCUUGGUAGCUAAUCUACUUUUGUUAAAGGUAACAUCUAAACUUAGGGCUUUUUUUUUUUUUUUAAACUUUGUAUGUUCCCUCUAUUUGGGUGAGUUUUAUGCAGCAACUGGGGUGGGGGAGUGGGGAUUUUUUAAAAUUGGUGUGAGACCACUGUCCAGGGGAUUCAGGAGCAACUGAACAACCCAUUUGUCCAAAUUUAAUUCAACUGGAUUGCAAAUUGAUUUCUUCUAUUGUGUAUAAGGGUCUUAUACUGCCUCCUGUAGCUUACCUAAUUCUGUAAGCAGAAGUUGCCAUGCCAUAGAAAGUGCCUCUUGCAAUGAACACUCCAGUUACAUGUUUGAAAAUAGGUAGCUUCUGCAAAACCCUGGGAAGUAGGUGUUCCUAUACAUAAUAGGAUUCAAGAUCCAACCCCACCAUGUCAGUAGCGAUAGCAAAUUUGUAUACUAGAUACUCUACAGCCCAGUUAAUGCAUUUUCAUCUUCAAAUGGUACAAGAGGCUACUAGCCCCAACUGAUGGCUUUAACAAUUUCUAGAUUUCCUGACUGCUGAUGUGGUUGAGCUAUAUAUGUCAUCUCAACAGUAUGGAGAGGGCCACUUUCUGAUGCUAUAAUUUUGCAAGUACUCAGAAGCACAUCACACACAAUUUCUUGCACAUAGGCUCCAGUAAAUUCUAAUACUAGAGUCCAGUUACUGUUUGUGUAAGUUGGCAAUAUCUAAUGAAACAAUGUCAGUAUAUGGCCAUGUUCUCAUUCCUGCUCUUGCUUUGAUAAAAAAGCAUUUGAAGUUUAUUAUAAACAGUAGCCCCUCAGAGCCCUUGCUUGCUAGUUAGGUGAUAGUAGGACAAAAAACUGUAGCAAACUGAAAAUACAACAGCCUAAUGCAUCCUAGUUGGAUCACCUACAGCAGCAUCCUGAAUCUGAGAAUGCAAUAAGAUCUUUCCGUAGCUCACUAAUUGAUGGGUAUCAUACAGCCACUCCAUUUCUGAAAUCACAAGUAGCAGCUUGUAAUUGUUAUGCUGCCUAGUUGUUUACUAUACACAAUAAUUUCCCCCACCCUCUGACAAAUAUCAUUUCUCACUUAAAGGCCUGACAUGAAUCCUAUUUAAUAGCAAGUUUCAUAAUAAAACCAGGAGACCAAUAAAGUAUCAAGAUACAAUGUUGCCUGUUAGUAUGUGCUGGCUCAUGUUCAUGUCAUGUAUCAUGACUCAGUGUACUAGACGUCACUGACUGGGAUAAUAAACAAUGGGAAUUGUUUUUAAAAGCAUGCUUAUUUUUGUAGUACAAGAUGUGUAUACGGAUUCUGCACUUUAGCUAUUUGUGGAAAAUGUUAUUUUAGUAACAGAUUAAUAAAGUAUUUUACUAUGUAAA